AUGGUUUUUAGACUUUUCAAAUCAAAAUAUGACUCGUUGAUGGAUUACAUUGACGAAUUACGUUUCAAAAUAAUAUACUUUUUUGAUGAAGAUAUUUACGAUUACAUUUCUGAAACAAAAUUGUACAUGUUAUUUAUUCUUGUACCAAAUGUUCUAUUAAUUAUUUGUACUCUCGGAUUCAUUCCAUCCUCUUUGGCUCGUUACAUUUACUUCUUCCUUUGUAUAUACAGUAUUUAUAAUACAGCAACGUUCUUUAGUAGAAGUAGAAUUUAUCAAAUAUUUGAUGACUCGUCUCGAGUAUUGGAUGAAAUCUAUGAAGGAUCUACGACUAGUAGUAGUAGUAGUAACAGUAGUAGUACUGGCAAUAGUAACCAUUUAGGAACAUGCUUCGAUGAAUCAUCAAUAUUGAAAAAUAUUUUCAAGGAAACUUUUUCCGUGGAAGACCUCGUGCACGUGCACCUAAUCUCACAAGAUCUAUUCAUCCUCGAUUUACUGAAAAGUAUAAUGAAGAACAUGCUAAAUAUGGAGUAUUUAUGA